GUGCCGUACCCUAACGGUAGUGCGAGAAUCACUCUAACCUCCGGGAUUGAAAGCGUCCUACAGGGCUGCACGCCAACUAAGGGGAGAUCCAGCCGGUCCUCCUCCUAUCAUACCGGUACUCUAACCCAAGGCACGGGCCUCGAGAAGUUUUUCCGCGCUAGGGAAGCAACCGCUAUCGGGUUCCUUGGACAUCAAGGAGCCUCCGGGCUAACGCCUCCCCCAAACUGGAAACCCAUCCAACAGAUCCCCACGCAUUGGCACCGUUGGGGGAAAGGAAAUUUCACCUUUUUGGUGGAAAAAGGGAAAAGGUGAAGGAGGGGCUAAGUUCAAUGGCCAUCAAACUCGGGCACUGAUUGUCAGGAAGGAGCUCUGAGCCCAAGGUGGACUAGAUCAGAUUUUUCAAUUGGCAACAGUAUCCUUAUUCACCGCCUUUGUCUGUUCUUGGAAGGCCCAUGAUAUCAAACCUUCGUCUUGCUUUGGUCUAAGAUUGUCUAUAACGUACCCACGCACUCGGGUGAAUGGUCGAGGCUUCCCGCAAGACAAAUGCUGGAAGCUGGAAUGUUGAACCUGUGAAGGAGAUAUCGCUGCGAAAGUAGCCAUUUUUUGUGCCUGAUACCGGUAUCGAGAUGUUGCCGGCGCUUUACGAUAGUAGGGCAUGGCUUCCGUGGUUCCUGUUAGAUCCUCUGUGCCGUGAUAUUAAUGGCAAUGGUGGUGGUGACGGGCACUUAGGAAAUCGCCUCUCUGAAUCGAUAGAGCGAAUUUCCGGUGUACACAUCUAUGAGGGAUACAUUCUCCAUCUAUCCCGAACCUCCCGGACUUUUUUCCCACACUCCUACUCCUUUCCUCAUCUUCCCCCUCUCCUUCCCCCAUUAAUUAUUUAUUUAUAUCUCACUUCUUGGAACUUAUAUUGCGAUAUUCCACUUGAGAAAGUAUACCCCCCACUGAACAGGCGGUCUAGUUAGUCGGUCCUUUUGAGGCACCAAUUUUUUGCUCUAUUUUUGCUCUACUUUAUUCUGGUCUAAAAUCCUUAAGGUUCAAUUGUUUUCUCUCCCGUUUCCUGCACACCCUGAAGUAUACCUAUACUUAUACUUGAUACUCAGUAUUAUCACCCCUCGCGGCAAUUGAGUAUUCAGGUACUCCGGCUUAUCAAAUAAGCCUCCCCUUUACCCUGGGGCCAUGCCGAACCCUCCACCCUCAUCGAUAUUAGCCACGGAUUCAUUUCUAGAUGGUCCGAAAGCAUCGGAAGUCAACGACAGUUCAGAAAACUCUAGUCGUGGCGGCAGUCGGCCGGGGAGCUCCAAUGGCGAGCGAGUUCGCGGUAAUCACAGAGUACGAUUUGGCUCUGGGGAGGUCUUGGACGUCCAGAACAACAGACAUACCUUCAACCUUCAGUCUCCAGAGGACUGUCAAUCCUCUAACAGUGACAACCCGGCUCCUGAUUCUCCUGCCUUAGAAACACCCCCAAUUACUCUAACCUCGCCAAAUACUUCCCCGUCUGGUCGUAUAUGUACCCGCAUCGAGUACUUCGGUCCGCCAAUUGAUAUCACAGACACACCGACAAAAAUUCCCACUCUACCGUUGAAGGCACCACCGAGAGCAUUCGGUUUUAACAGCAACGGUGGGGACUUGGAGCUCAAUGAGAAGUGCGACAAAUUCACCGAGAAUGAUCGAUUAUCAUCUCAAGAAAGAGCAGCUAGGCUGGGGAGAAUCGGGAGCUACUCAGCCCCGAGUUCAGCACGUAGUUCACCAACUCUCACCGCAUAUAGUGCUGGCGCUGGUCAGGCUCAGGGAGGAGCACCUGUUGGUGAUAUACCGUUUCUGGAUCUUGGGGAUACCCCACCGCAGGACUGUAACGAUCCAGCAAGGAUCGAAAGGAACAAGAUAACAGCGAUUAGAGAGGCUUAUGAAUUAGUUAUACAGCACACAACACGAGGAGUUACAGUAUUGAACGGAAGGUCUAGGGCUAGUGGAAUGGAAACCCCGGACCACGGCCUGAGGUCCGGAACCGCAACGCCGGUGGCCCACCAGCAUGAGGGCUAUGCCCAGCCUCCGAGCCAGUAUCGCGGAGGUGUUCUUGGGAGUUUAUUGAAGCUGUAUGAUCCAUCGGGAGGUCAUGGGAGCUAUUGCGGUCAUGGGCGCCAUAGUAGCGUGGGGGGUAUAGCAAGCCCAACGAGUUCUGGGCGUACAACACCAAAGUGGUAUACCAAGAGCGCAAACACGUCGACCACAUCGCUAGGAGGACCUCCGGUAGCUUCUAGGGCCGCAUUUGGAUCUCCCGCGGGACCAGCUAAGAGAUCAAGGCGAGCUAUUUUCCAUUUUGGUUUAAAAUUUAGGCUAGGUCCACCCUGUUCGCGUAGCAUGGGUUCUAACGACUGGCUUCAGAUUACUGUUCAUAUUGCGGAGACCCUGGCAAGACAAAAGUACAUCUUGAAGCUUUGCAGAGCUUUGAUGCUUUAUGGAGCCCCAACUCAUAGACUCGAGGAAUACAUGAAGAUGACAUCUCGGGUUCUUGAGAUCGAUGGGCAAUUCUUAUAUAUCCCGGGCUGUAUGGUCAUCUCUUUCGGGGAUUCCUCGACGCACACUUCGGAAAUGCAACUUGUCAGGACAAGUCAGGGCGUUGACCUCGGAAAACUUCACGACACGCAUGAGGUUUAUAAAGAGGUUGUCCAUGACAUGAUCGGGGUUGAGGAGGCCACUAAAAGACUGGAUGAGAUCAUGAAGCGGAAGCCAAAACAUAACCCAUGGAUUUUGAUACCAGUUUUUGGUAUUGCUAGUGCUUUUGUUGGACCUUUUGGUUUCAAGGCUCGGCUUACCGAUAUGCCUAUUCUCUUUGUUCUUGGAUGUAUUCUUGGGUUCUUGAAACUUAUUGUGGCACCGAACUCCGAGCUUUAUUCGAACGUCUUUGAAAUAUCGGCUGCUGUUAUAACGAGUUUCCUUGCGAGGGCCUUUGGUUCGGUUCGCGGGGGUAGUGUUUUCUGUUUCUCCGCUCUAGCGCAGGCCUCUAUUGCUCUGAUUCUGCCUGGUUAUAUCAUAUUAUGUGGGUCCCUUGAGCUUCAAUCAAGGAAUCUAGUGGCAGGGUCGGUUCGAAUGUUUUACGCUAUCGUCUACUCAUUGUUCCUUGGCUUUGGGAUCACGAUUGGAUCCGCUCUCUACGGGCUCGUUGAUAGCAAUGCCACAUCUGCUACGACGUGUCAGAAUCCGUUGGAUUGGAGGUGGAACUUCCUGUUUGUUCCCCCAUUUUCCUGGUGUCUCUUGACAAUUAGCCAAGCUAGGUGGCGACAGGCCCCAGUAAUGAUAGCGAUCUCCAUGGCUGGCUAUGUCGUCAACUUCUUUUCUAGCCAACGAUUCGCGAACCAGCCACAGGUCGCCAAUAGUCUAGGAGCAUUCGCAGUCGGGGUCUUGGGCAAUCUCUAUUCAAGAGUCGGCCACGGUUUAGCAUUUGCCGCCAUGCUUCCGGCAAUACUCGUCCUAGUCCCCUCUGGGCUCGCCGCCCAGGGCUCUUUAGUCUCCGGUAUCCAGAAUGCAGACGCCAUGAUCAACAAAUCGUCAACAGCACCAGAACCUGCAUUGAGCCAAUUUAACUCUAUAGUACUCGAUGUUGGAUUCUCCAUGAUCCAGGUGGCCAUCGGUAUCACAGUUGGCCUGUUCGCAGCAGCGUUGGUGGUGUAUCCAUUUGGCAAGAAGCGAUCCGGGCUCUUCAGCUUCUAAACUAUACACACAACUACCCUCUGUGUUAUUUAUUAAUUGCCCUGUGUAUAUUUCCUCUGUUCUCCGAUCUCUCCUAGUUACUGUCGCAUUAGAAGGAAUUGUGUGCUCGGCGCCUGAUGUUUUCUCCCCCUCUCUUUCCCUAAUAUUCCUCUCCCUCCUCAAUUUACGUACAGCAAGAAAUACGCACCCACUUAUCUAAUGUAUUUUCCUGUUUCUUCCCUUUCCUUUAUCUUCCUUUCAUUUUUCUUCUUGGAACCGAACUCGCAUCGGAUAGACGGCCAGUCUCAUUUUGCAUAUUUUUUGGAUUCAUCCAUUCGUCAUAAUACUUGAUUGCUUGGCCCGCCGGGUGGGUGUUAUAACCUUUUUCUUCUUUAUUUCCGGGAAGAGUUCCAUCUGUUCAGCUCAAGUUAGACUUUUCUCAUCUCUCCUUUCCGCUUCUCCCCAAGCAUAAUCUCAAAAUAAUUUCCCCACACCCCCCCCCCUU